GGCACUAUGGGCACCACUUCUUUCUUGACGAAGGCCCAGGGUCUGCUCCGCAUCCGGAACCAGCUGGUGCGGGAAUGCCUGGCUGAGGUGCUGGCCACCUUCGUGAUGAUGACAAUCACCCUGGGCAGCGCUGCACAGAAGAUUGCCUUCUUUGAGACGAAGGGGAACCUCAUCACCAGCUACCUGGGAGGCGCCCUGGGUGUCAUGGCAGGCAUCUACACAGCAGGGGGAAUCUCUGGGGCCCACAUGAAUCCAGCGUUCUCCUUAGCCAUGUGCCUGAUAGAGCAGUUUCCCUGGUGGAAGUUUCCUAUCUUUGUGGUUGUGCAGAUCGUGGGAUCUUUCAUAUCUGCUGCAGCUGUUUACAUCCUCUACUAUGAUGCCAUCUGGCACCAUAGCAAUGGGACCCUUACUGUCACUGGCCCCCAAGAAACUGCCUCCAUCUUCGCCACUUACCCUGCUGACUUUGUCUCUGUUGCCAAUGGCUUCUUGGACCAGGUGAUCGGCACAGGGGUGCUGAUAGUGGUUGUCAUGGGCAUCAUGGACCCCCGCAACAAGCCUGUCCCCAAGGGCCUGGAACCAGUGGUUGUGGCUCUCUUGGUGCUCUCCAUUGAGUGCUCCAUGGGGGCCAACUGCGGCUGCCCCCUGAACCCUGCACGGGACAUCGGGCCCCGCCUCUUCACCUAUCUGGCAGGUUGGGGCCCAGAGGUCUUCAGCAGGGGCAAUGGGUGGUGGUGGGUGCCACUGGUAGCACCACUGCUGGGGGCCGCCGUGGGCACGUACCUGUACCAGCUCUUCGUGGCUUUCCACUACCCGGCGGAGGACAGCAAAGUCCUGGCAGAUCAGGGCUCCAUCGUUCUGGUCAACACCGCCAUCGACGCAGACAUUGGGAUGUCGCCCAAGGAAAAGGACGCUGGGGAGACAGUGCCUGCCGAGUAUCCCCCAUCACCAAGUGCCAGCAGCACAGUCUCCCGCACAGUCACUGUCACACCAUUAAAAGAGUCCUGAGGGCAGGAGGUGUCUCGUCUAUGUACACGGGGGUGCAGGGAUAUGGUGGAAGGCCAGCCCGGCCCGGCUGCAGGAGGACCCCAGCCUGGGGGACACGAGCGGCUAGUGUGGGGGAUGUCCCCGGGA